CCUAAGUGAAGAGUCACCAAUAAAGACACGUACAAUGUCUUACGGAACAGGACUAGUGCAGUAUUUCAUAUCAACAGGUAUGACGUGUGUCGGUAGACCCUCCUCUCUCUCCUGCUGCGUCGCGCGCUCUCGUCCUGAGCUGCUCCAGCUGCUGCCGCUGUCUGCCUGCCUGUGACUGUGCGUGCGUGCGAGUGCGUGCGAUCCCCUUUCCGCUCGCCCCGUGCUAUUGCUCUUCAAUGUAGCAAAGACCAUGACAGGCAUCGCCGCCGCCUCCUUCUUCUCCAACAUUUGCCAGUUCGGGGGCUGCGGACUGCACUUCGAGUCGCUGGCCGAGCUCAUCGUGCACAUCGAGGAUAAUCACAUCGAUACAGAUCCUCGUGUGUUGGAGAAACAGGAACUGCAGCAGCCCACAUACGUCGCCCUCAGCUACAUUAACAGGUUUAUGACAGAUGCAGCGCGGCGGGAGCAUGAAUCUCUGAAGAAGAAAGUUCAGCCGAAGCUGUCACUCUCACUGACGGGCAGCCUUUCACGCAACAGCGUGGCCACGCCCCCCCGCCACAAUAGUGGCAACCUCACCCCGCCCGUGACCCCGCCCAUCACGCCGUCGUCUUCAUUCAGGAGUAGCACCCCCACAGGCAGUGAGUAUGAUGAGGAGGAAGCAGAAUACGAAGAGUCCGACAGUGACGAGUCAUGGACCACCGAAAGUGCCAUUAGUUCUGAAUCCAUCCUCAGUUCCAUGUGCAUGAAUGGCGGUGAUGAGAAACCCUUUGCAUGUCCCGUGCCUGGAUGCAAAAAGAGAUACAAGAAUGUGAAUGGUAUCAAGUACCACGCCAAGAACGGCCACCGCACACAGAUCCGCGUUCGCAAGCCCUUUAAGUGCCGGUGUGGUAAAAGUUACAAAAGCUCUCAGGGGCUUCGACACCACACCAUCAACUUCCACCCGCCCGUCUCUGCCGACAUCAUCCGCAAGAUGCAGCAGUAGAGAGUGCCAACAUCACACACAUACACACACGCAUGUAAAAUACAUAACGCAUCCACACACAUGUACAUACAAUACAAAAUGAACAGCUCCAUAUCCAUCCACACCAGCAGCUAUAGCUGAUCUGUCUUGUCCUCAGAUUUUUGGAGGACAUCCAAAAAUUAUUUGUCUGGACGACGUUUUUGUCUCUAUUUUACUCUUUUAAGAGUAAGACUCCAUUUUCCCUUUUCAUUCCACUCCUCAUGAGGAGGAAACUUUAAUCUUUUUAUAUUCCUCUUCCUGAAGGAAGACUCCCUGAAUCCCUGUAUCAUUCUGUACCUCCAUGAGGAGGAUUUGAUUCAACCAUCUUUCAAAACACUACAAUCCGAAUUGCAUGCUUUAUUUUUUUUUUUUGUUCAUUUUGUAUUAUUUCUAUUGCUUAUUAUUAGAGUUCACGGUUUUGUAUUUUUGCACAUUCGCUAUUAUUCUUUUUAUGUUCCUUGUCUUAUUUUUUAUGCAAGGUGCUUAUUGUAAAAGACUGAUAUGUUUGGAAAGGAGAGAAACGUGAUUAGAAAACCAGCCUCUCACCGAAUGGAAGAAAGGGAUUCAGCGUGACAACGAUCACUUUGUGAGAAAUUGAAAGAUAGGAAAGCCUUGAAAAGUCUGAAUGUUUGUAAUGUAAUAAUAUCUACCCCAUAUAACCAACAUUCAUAGCUACAGAUUGUGUAUAUAACUAUAUUCUAUAAGCUUUCAUAGUCAGAUCUAAAUUCUAUACUUUAAGUUUUAUUUUGUAUAUUUUCAUCCGAACUUCAGAGAUGACAAUGUGGAUUGAUUAUGGAUGUGCAGUUUUUCCGUAGUGCUUUCACCCUUUCUGUUAAUCUCAGAAAAGCACCAAAUGACUCUCAGGUGACAAAUCGCCAGCAUUUCACAACCAUAAUCCUGCCCGAUUUAUCUGAUAGUAUUUUAGAGUAGGCUGUUACACGCUUCCCGGGUCCGCUGUGGCCGGAGUGUUCUAGAGCCUCUGGAGCGUUCUAGAACUCCACAGUGAUCUUUAGGCGAUCUGGUGAAGAACAUAAAGCACUUUGUAGUGACCAGUUGCCAACCUGUUUAGGGCAUUUUGUAUUGCCAACAAGUCUGAUGUUGCAGUAUGUUGUCUGCAAAUCAGCUGUGAAAUUCAAAGGACUAAUAUGGCACUUUGGAGGUUUCUGCUUCUAAGGUUUUUAUUCUUUUUUUUUCUAGCUAAGGGAAUUCAUUCUUUUGCUAUACCUCCAGUGUGCUUGUUAGUUGUGAGAUUAUUGAAACUGGUUGCCUUGAAUUGUGGUACACCACAGCAUUCCAGUACAGUAUAUGUGUAGCCAAGUGAUUCAGAUUGUGUAUUCACCCUGAUUCUGACUCGUCUCUGGUGUUGUCCAUGACCUUUAUACCCCCAACCUGUCAUUGAGAUGAUGUAUAGUUAUAGCCAACCCAAAGAUAUUCAAGUGUGGACUCAUACCUUGAAUCGGAAAGGUACUUGAUUUGUUUUUGGACUUGUGGGUGGUAUACAUAAAGAGUCGCCAGACCCUCCAGAGAUUACAGCCAGAUCAGGGCCUGCCAAUCACUCAUUAUGACAUCACUGCAUGGACGUUAAUGUUGUUGGAAUUGCAGUGUCGGUUUAGAUGCAACAUUGUAACAGUAUUACACUGCCAGUAUAGAGGGAAGUAUUUGAUAUAUUGUGUACUUAUUGUAUUGUCUCAAUGUGAGUGAUUUAAAUUAUAUUUUCUUAAGUUUCUGGACAACAAUGUUCCUACAUGUAAUGAAGUCAGACACCAGUGGUUGUUUUGGAACUGGUGACAAUUUUCUUCAACAAAAUUCAAAAAGGAAAAAAAAAAGCUGCUUUGUAAAUGUAAACCUGGUUACAUUUUAAAUAUUAAAAUGGCCUUUGAUCUGUUUAA